GUUGGCCAGCUGAAUUGUCCAGGGAUUUCAAUUGUUAUGAAUCUCUUCUUCACUCAUUCAUUCGGAACUGAAAAACUAUAGCCCAGAUUCUUUUUUAUCCAUGUAACCGUUAGGCUUGGAUCUGUGAGUGAAUGAAUAUUCAUCGUAUCGGGAUUAUCAAAGGCUUCCUUUCUAAGUUUUAUUAAUGACUUGGAAAUCUUGAAUUCAAAAGCUCAACGUGAAAUCAAACCUAGGCUAGGGUUGGACGUUGUCGGGAUCGUCUUGUUCUGCGAGAGUCCCAGUUAGGAAGUGAGAUGUAUACGCAGAGCUUCCAGUCUGGUUUUAUCAAGACAUGAAUCAUUUUCUGAAGCAUACAUUCAAUGUGGACCCAGCUAGACAGCCAGAGAUCCGAAAGGCAUGACUUUACCUCUUCCAACAAGUCAGUUUGACAUGCAAGUAAAGAAAGAACCAGAGGAACCAGAAACAUGUAGUGACCAUGAUUGGGAACGAGAAGAUGAUGCCAAACGGACUGAUGUGGGCAAUGUCCAGUCUCUGAGGAGUGGAACCGGUCACCAAGAUGAGCGUGAAUAUGGCAUGCGAGUUGAGGAGAAUGAUGUCCAAAGGACCUUGAGGGCACAUAUAGAUGAAAAUAAAGAUGUUGCUAAUCGCUACCGACAUCCAAAGGUGGUCAUGACUCGGGGACAUGGCCCUCUAUCACCACUGAUGCCAUCUUCGGAAGCGGGUAGCAGUGAAGAAUUGACAGAAGAAAAUGAGCUGCAGAACUGUGCUUCUGCUUGCGCUGAUCUGCACAACAAGUCAACACUGCCCCGCUUCGUAUACGGAAUCUGCAACACAUCCAGCUUCAAGAGAAGGAAGAAGGAAGCAGCGAAAAGUCACUUCGGACAAGGGUGUUCCUCACUGACCUCAAAUUGUACCAAGGUCGAACUGCCACAUGGAAAACCAUCAUCCUCAUUACUGUUGUGCAAUGUGAAUGGACAUCAGUCUGCCUUACAUUUAGCUGACCCCAAAGAAAUUACAUGUAGGACUCAAGACAGAAGCAAUACUGCACGACCCACUCAUUACCCAAUGACAAGUGUCAUUGCUUACAGUGGCGGCACCUUCUCCGAAGAAGCUAUUGGCAAUGGCAAUCCGGACUUGAGAGGCCCUUCCGAGUUGUCUUUUCAAGAUGCAGCUUUGGAUUUGACCACUGCCCAAGGCAAGCGAGAUGGUCAAGCUGACUUUGGUGAUCAGGAUAGUCAGCAUAUAUCCUACACUGCAAAGAUCAGUGAAGAGACAAAGAGCAGCAUUGCUGGAGAUGGAGAACAGCUUCCGGAGGGCUCACGGAAACGGUUGUUGAGCAUCACAGGGAUGAUCCAGAGGCAGAAGCUACCCAUGAUGAAACGCUAUGAGGUGAAAGAUACUGUACAGGAGACAGAAGGAAAGGAGCCUUGGAGUGAAAGGCAUCCCGUCUGUGGAUCACAUCCUCGAGACUGCGUUGAUUCCCAUCUGAUGAUUGGGUACUAUGGGACGAUACAGGGAGGAUCUCAGUUGGUGAUGCCGUCAAAGGAUGUUGCCGCAGACAUCGAAGGAGAAAGAACGACGGGAGAUGAUCCUGUAGGAGUCUUCGAAGACUGUUCAAGAGAUGGUCCUCUUGAUGGCUUGUUGGAUCGUGACAAGAAUGAAAUGAAGCACUCUCUGAUGGGGUAUUAUCGGGUAAUAGAAGAUUCAGAUCAUUCUGAGGGCAAUGGAGACAUUGUCUGUCAAGAGGAGAGAAGAAUUUCGAGAAAUGAAAGUACAGAGGCAAAUGCUGGGGAUGACCCAAUUAAACGGUUCAAGUGCAAGGUGUGCGGACGAGCAUUUCGGCAUUCCCAAGGACUAACUGCCCACAAGAAAAUCCACAGCGACGAGCGUCCAUUCCCGUGCCAGUACUGCGAUCUGAAAUUCCGUGUCAAGCAAAAUCUGAUCACCCACGUCCGGACUCACACGGGGGAGAAACCGUACUCUUGCGAGAUCUGCGGCCGCGGGUUUGGCCAGCAAUCCACCAUGGUGCGUCACCUUCGCAGCCAUACCGGGGAGAAGCCGUUCUCCUGCAAGUACUGCCAGCGAAAGUUCACCCAGCGCCAUGUCAUGAUGAAUCAUGUCCGUAUACACACGGGAGAGAAGCCUUAUACUUGUGAAGUGUGCAGUAAAAACUUCAAAGAGCAGCACAAUCUGGUUAGACAUGUCAGAACGCACACAGGGGAGAAGCCUUAUACCUGUGGCGAUUGCGGGAACAAGUUCACCCAGAAAAAUCAUCUCAUGAGGCAUGCCAAAGUACAUAUUCCAAAAAAGCAUACCAUAUGAUGUUCUUUAUUCCAUGUUGUCUGGGGAGCGUUUCAUCAAUAUUUUCAUCCGACAAGUUGUCAGAUCUGACAUCUUUCCAUGAUUUUGAUUGGCUGAGAGGCACUGUUCCUAUGGUAACUGUCGGAUGAAAUGGGACUUGUCGGAUAAAACGUCCGACAAGUCCUUUCAUGAAACGCCCCCAAGAUGGUGCUAGAUUUUCAAACAAGAUGCCUCUAAUUGUCUAUGGAGUCUGACUGUGCACAGCUACAUGGAAGGUUUUUUUUUUACCUUGUUUUCAAAUGAGAUUAGUGUCCACAUUCAUUAAAAUCUAUUAAUUUCAAGAAACAGACAACAUAUUUUUUUUUGUCAAAUACUUAACACAUUUGAAUUUUGUGUUUAUGCUUCUACCCACCAUAGGUGGUUAGUCUACAGGCACAGACCUUUUGUUUCCGCAAUUUUCAUAGUGCAUAAUGCAGAGUCUGAAUUAGUGAGACUAGAUUCACUAUGUACUGUGGCUGCCUCUACCAAAGACAUAUAGAGUUUUGAAUCUAGUCUUAACCCAAAUAUGAUGGGGGGGGGGCCUUGACAUUUUUUGCGAUAACAUUUUGAUCAGAUUCCUUUAAAAAGUCUGUGAACUAAAAAUUAGCAUUUUAUGGGCAUUAUUUAGUUAAUUAGUCAGAGCUAACUUUUGAUUUUACGCAUAAAUAAUACAAUUAAUUAGCAGAAUUUAAUCUUAUAGUUUUGUAGAUUAUGCCAUGGGUAACGUGCGUGCCAAUUUGCAUCGCGAUCGUGUGAUCGAAGGCAUCAAAAUAACCCAGUCUAUUAAGGGUUAUAUCUAGACAUGGUAUGAUUUGUAAAAUUUCCAAUUUGAGUCUGUACUUGCAGACUAAUUAUUGGUUGCCACAGGGGUAAAUUGCCAAUUUGUCUAUUGGCAACUUGUCCACUUAUCACAUGGUCUCCUUUCAUGUAGUCUAAUGCCAUUCCAUCCAUCAACAUUUUGUCUAACAACCAUUUGGUCCAAUAAUCUUGCCAGGGUGUUUCAUAAAGCUGUUCGUAAAGUUACGCACGACUGGAACAUGAUCUCAGGUCCUUACUCAAUUACAUAGGAUAUCACUUGGCAUGAGAAAGGGUUGCCAGUCGUGCGUAAAGUCAUUCAUAUCUUACGAACAGCUUUAAGAAACACCCACCAGGUACACAUUCACCUCUCCUGGGUUAAGUGCAGCUCAGUGUGGAUGAAUUUAUUGCUGAAGGGAAAUAAAACACUGUCGCCCUGCACAGUGGCGUACGCAGGGGGGAGUAUGUUCAACCCCCCUUUCAAAAAUCCUGCGUACGCAGCUGGCCCUGCAUCAGCAACUGCAUUGUAUAUUUGCACCAUUUAAUACAAAAGUCUAGUAUCCUGCAGCUUCCCAAGUGAAAGCUUACCCAAACAAGGUAAAAUUAUGUGAUUGUGAGAAGCUAGCUUUAUUAAAAACUGAUAAAGGUUUUUGUCCACAUGGGUGUAGCGAUAGUGGUAAAGAUGCCUACAUUAUUCAUACAAAUAUUUCAAUUUUCAUCUCCCAACGAUUUAAGGAGACAUUGUUUCCUUAUAAAGUCUUACUUUAACUUAUUAUUUCAGUAUAUGCAAACACUGGAAGUUUUAAAAUUGACAGACUUAGAUUUAGUGUAUCUGUGUUCUUAAUCACUUCUGAGAAGCUGUCAAUUCAUAUUGCCUUGACGUUAAAUUAUUCCUCACAUUGAGGUAUCUCACAAGACCUAAAUCAAUAAUGCGAACACAAAGCGCGAUCUGAUUUUUUUAUUUUCAUGUUUUUUAUCAUGAAAGCCUAAGUAGUUGUUAUGAUGCCUACAUUAUUCAAACAAAUAUUUCAAUUUUCAUCUCCCAAGAAUGUAAGAUUAUGUUCUUCUCUGAUUGUGUAACAUCAUUGUUUCCUUAUAAAGACAUACUGUAACUUAUUAUUUCGGUACAUGUAUAUAUACAAACACUGGAAGUUAUAAAAAUUGACAAAGACUUAGAUAUAAUACCAAGUCAAUCCAUAUUCUUGCCUUAAUGUAGUGACUAUUAAUUAUUCAACCAUCUAAAUAUUUAUGGUACAGCUAAUCUGGUUUCAGUCAAAUCUUUUCGGACCAACAAAAUCUGUUUGACUUCGGAGAAAUUUGACUUUUUUAAUAGAAGAUGCAUAAAUCACGUGCUUUCACAAUCUGUUAUGCAUAAAUUGAUUCAACUUAUGUAAGAUUGAAUUAUGUAGGUUUACCUAUAUUCAUCAUAAAGAUAUUUGUAAUUAAAUACAAAAGUGCUUUUUAUAGUUUUAUGAGAACAAAAUAUUUUUGCAACCUGGCAUAAUGUCAAGUUUUGCCAAGCUCUAAAAUUUGUUAAAUGUCGUAUAUGGUUAAUCACUAUAAAAAAUAAAAUUAAAAAAGAAUCAACCAACCUGUUUAAAUUGAAUAUUUUUUUGUCUCCAGUUUUGCCGAGAUCCAAUAUAAAAAUUACAACAGUAAAAAUCAUGAUAUGAUACAAUGUGUAAGUAAGCCUACAUUUUACCAGAAAACUUUUAAUUUUUUAUUGAAUUACUGAAGUUUUCCAUGGCCAAGAAGAAUAGUGAGUUUGGGUGGUUCUUUUCAGGACCAACACUUGCCCAAGAAAGAUACAUGGUGUACCAUGAAACCUAGUACAGUAUUAAACUUCACUAUUAUUUGUAUUACAUAAUUUAUGCAGGGGUGGGUCCAGGAUAUUGCGUGAAUGAGAGACACAUGUCAAUUAUAAAAAAGGGCACUUUUCAUAAAUGGAGAGGUGCAAUGCCAUCUUUUUUUUUCCGAAUUGGGGGGGGGGGGUGGAAGCAGUCCAUUCUGAAUACAUACCUGCUUGCAUUAAUGCAUUCUUGCCAUGCAAUAUGAAUGAUUGAUUGAAAGUGAUUGUAAAUGAAAUUUUCUUUGCCGGUAUUGGCACUGUCUACUUAUUAAAUGCUCCGCACCAAUCAUAAUCAAUUGAUGAAAUUGUUACAUGU